AUGGCACAAGAAAUCUUUCUACUCCUCCUGCCCGCUCUCGCACCUUCGUCGCCAGCAUCCUCUUUCAGAUCAGCGUAUAAAAUCACAUUUGAAUCCCUGCUCCCUAAGCUCGUCCCAGCUGACAAAGGGUCGACCUCUCGCCUGGAUAUCGGCCUGGUCCUAUCCCCCUCGUAUCCCCUGAGCAAUAAUACUUCCCGCGCAGUGGUAUUUCCUCUCGUCCAAACUCUCCUGAAACAGACAUAUAGCCUCAUUUGCUCCGUCGCCGCUCAGCAGGGAAUCGAUCUCGACUUCCCUGGCGGUAUUGAUGUCAGGAUAUUCAUCCUGGAAGCUCGACUGGAUGACCUUCCCGAGAAUAUCGUCGGCAAGCAAUAUCUGUCCGGACCGAUAGUGGACCUCAAGACAUUUGUCCUCUCCGACCGAUCAUAUACAGCUCUUUACUCUGUCGAAGGCGAGGCUCCAGAAGCCUCCCUUCAGCAAUUCAUUAGAAUAUGGAAUUCCAAGACCAACCCUCCGGCACUACCAUCCAUCCACCGCCUCCAGAGCGGUCCAGCCAUUGUUCACCCUGAAAGCUCCUCUCAAAAGCCCUUGGGAUCGAAUAUUGAGGACGGCCCGCUCACAGUUCACCGCUCUGUGGCUGUAGGCGGCACAUUUGACCACUUGCACAUUGGGCACAAACUUCUGCUAACCGCCACCAUUCUGACCGCCGAACCAGCUCAGUCUCCUAACACCAACUCGAAAGAGUCUCGAUUGAUUACGGUCGGCAUCACGGGGGACGAACUGCUCGUCAACAAAAAGUACGGGUCCUUAGUCGAACACUGGGAUGUCCGACAACAACGCACUGCAGACUUCAUCGACUCCAUUCUGGCGUUCUACCCCCACAAGGCAAGCACGAGCACAACCGAUAUCACCAACAGUCUCCGAAUGACCGACUACAUCAACCAACCCGGUCCCAACGGCAAAGUCGUCCGUGUCAAAUAUCACCUCCCCAGCUCCUUGUCUCCUGCUGGGAGUAGUAGUAGCAUCGCAGAUGCAACCGUAAACUACACCCAGAUCUCCGACCCGUUCGGCCCCACCAUCACAGACCCGGAUAUCACUGCACUGGUAAUUUCCGCCGAGACCCGCAGCGGCGGGAAAGCUGUCAACGACAAAAGAACGGAAAGGGGCUGGAAAGCGCUGGAAGUCUUCGAGGUCGAUGUCUUGGACGCAGGCGUCGGUCUGGAUGACGAUGAAGACCUGACAGAGGGAGGAGAGAAGGAGGACAAGGAAAAGAAGAGUUUUGAGACGAAGAUCAGCAGUACCGAGAUAAGGAGAAGAUUACAGCAGAAGGACCAGGCGCUAUAUCAGUAG